CCGCAUUUUUGUUCAAAAAGUGACUCUUGCAAUCUUUUGGUAAAAAGGUAAGAAUUUAAAAAAGUAUCUGACUAAAAACGAAACUGAAAUUUUUUUGGGGAAAAUGUAUGAUUUUUUGGGAUUUUAUUUUUCAAAAUGUAACUUUCGUCACCAAAAUGUUGAAAAAGUAACCAAAAAUUCCAUUUAGUAAUUGUAGGAACAUGGAAUGGUUACUUGAAAAGUAACCGAGUACGAGCCCUGCAAUAGCAGAAAAUAAUUAAAAUAUUCUCCGGAAAGUCAGAAAUAUUAAAAGAACAUUUACCUACCUAAGCUUUUAUUUUGAUCUUACAUUAAAUUUCCAAAUAUUUGGAAACCUAAACUUACGUAGGUAUAAUGUAAAUUAAAAAGUAUUCAGUACCUAACAAUAAUUACGACAGAAACACGACUGUUGAAUCAGGUAGUCAUAGCGAUAAUUCAACACCGACGAAUUUCCAUCCACACAAAAUAUCAUCUUAUUUUAAUAAAAUCAAUAUAGUGCGGCAUUUUUAUUCGUUCAUAAGCUGAAUUUUCAUUUACCUUAUAAACAAUCAUGAUCCAACAACCCAACGAAGAUAGAUCCUGGUCAUCGGAAAAAUGGUCACCGAAGGAAGACUCGAGCGUAGCUGAAAGUUGUCAAAUGAACGUAGUCGAAACCGAGUACAGCGAUUAUUCUGAUUACUCCUUUUCCGAGCCGCAUUCAGGUAACGAAACCUGUAAACAGGACAACUCUGAACAUGAUUCAUUCCACGAAAAUUACAGUAGCGAAGAGACAGUCACAGUGAAAUUUCACAUAAAUUACGAGAAUAAAACAGACGAACUGUUCACUAAAGCUUUCAAUAGGAAUGCGACAGUGAUGACGAUUAAAUCUGAACUAAAAUCUCUUCUGCAAAUACCACAACAUCACAUUAUAUCGAUUCAAAAAGACGAUCGAGAAUUGAACGAUGACAUUUCAUUGGCCAAAUUAGGCGUGCCAAUUUUGGGGUCUGUUGAAUUACACGUCAGGUUGACUCGAGUAUCGUCGUGUAAAUUAGAUCGAGAUUUGAUCUACGGGCAUAUGCCUACUCUGGACGUGAUAACCGUACGUGUUCAACAGAAUAAGAAUUUUGUGAAACAUUUGGUGGUUGAAAUCGAAGACGAAAGGUGUGAAAAACCAUGGCUAGGAGGGUAUCGUCAUCGUAUCACUCGUGUAGAAUAUCAUCACGCUCAGACACAGACCUAUUCGCUGAAACCUCGAGACGCCGACAGUAAUUACGUGUCACGAUUUACUCAAGCCGUAUCUACGAAGACCCAGCAGACCAAUACUUUGAUUGACAAAGGUGUUCAAAUUACUCCUCAAAUGUUUUCCAUUCCAUCCCAAACUGAUCGUAUCAUUACUGCUGAUUCGAGCCAGCGCCCUGCAUCGUCACAGACUGAACCAGAAUACACGUCUCAACUUUACCUUGAUAAAGAAUCAGAACAAGACGACGAACAGGAACAUUCUGAAACCGGUGAAAAUACAACGACUUCCGUAGAAAUAAAUCCUCUUCGGAUGCUGAGACCUUUACGAGACGAAAUCGAGAAAUGGAACGCGACUCAAAACGCCCUAUUGAAUAAUUCGCCGAAAGAUCGCGAAACUGCAACACAAAGAACACAAAUUAUAAAUCAAACUGUUAAAUUUUUAAAUCGUCUUAAUCAAUUUAAAACAAAACUUUUCCAAGCGCAGUCUUCCGGCCAAAAUCUUCUCUUUGACAAGUAUACCAAAUCUAACACAUUCACAAGUACAACUGGUUCCAAGAUAUCCAUCCAAACGGUAUUCAAUCAACAGGCCAAAACCUUGAAAGAUCUCUACAUGAAAUACAACAAUGACACGAUUAAAGGAGUUGAUAAAAUUCGUGUAAUUCAAGACCUGAUCAAUUUCUUCAAAGGUACACUAUCCAAAAGUAAAUUUUCCUCUGAAAUUGUUAUGUUACUAGAAGAACAAAUCGAUUUACUGAGUCGAGGACUCGAUACAACGAACUCAUUGCAAUGUCGUGUCCAUCAACGUAUUGGCCACUUUUUACAAUACGGUGGAUCUGAUCCAAAUGACGAUUACGAAGACAGUAAUUUUCAAAUUCGCUACCAACUCCAUCAAGGAACAAAUGCUCUUUCGACACAUAAUCUAGACGUGUAUUGGCAUUUAUUGAGUCAUCUUCGUAAUGACGAGAUUCAAAUUUUUAAAUGCUUUACGUCAGUUUGUUUUAAAAUGCGACCCGUAGAAUUUGCCUACCUAGUUCACAAAAUAUGGCAAGAUACGCCAAUCACUCAAAAUGAUAAUAAUUCAUCGCAAACCGACCAAUGGAUCAUGACUAGAUGGAAUGUACGAGAAGAGUGGACUCCGUGGAAUUGCGUUUUACUUACCAAACCUUACUUUACUUCGCAUUUGAAGGCUGAUAAUGUAGAAUGUUAUUACGAUGCCAGUGUUUUAUCUAGCGUUAAGAAUAACCACCUUAAAUCUAAAAUGUAUUUUCAAAAAUUAAUAAAAAUGCAAAUCGUUUGAA